ACUUGCUACUGUUUUCUACUAAACCAAAGCUUCUUUACAAGUUCUACGCAUGCGCGCCGCAACCCCAACAAAGUUCUCGUUUUCAUUCAUCCCCUUCGGCAGUCGAAGUUCGUCCGCCACAGGGGCAGCACCUUCGUCUUAUUCCCGGGAAUUCUCGUAAACUUUUACGACUUCUAUACCAUUGUGAAAAUUCAGAAGGAUUUAACUUUAUUGCAGUUUGUGUGAUAUAUACAUUGUUGUUGGAAGCAGUUAUCGAUUCACGAUUUUAGUGCAGUGAAGUUUCAUGAAAUUUGUAUAGUUUUAUGGCAUUCUAUCACGUCUUAUUGGACUUACGUAACAUGUUAUGGAACUAUAAAAAUAAUCACAAAUCCCCAAUACUGUGCCAUUUUGUUCUGCGUAGAAUGUAAAGCGUUUAAGUAGUAAUGGAACACAAUGAUUCUCAUGAGUAUGAUUUUUUAAACAUUAAAAUAAUAGAGUCUAUAAAUGGAUGUGAAUAUUUGGACCUAUUUAUUUCUACUACAAAUACAUCUGACGUUAUAUGUCAAAGGAGAGGACACAGCAAAGCGUUCUUGGACGCAAACAGAUGAUACGACGGAAACAACGGACGAUCUGCUAGAAAAACCAUUAGAUUUCUUAACUAAACCGGAUGCAGCCGCAAAAGAUUACUUUCUUCCCCCUGUUUUCACUAACAACGAAGACAUAGAAGAUGUUGAUGAUGACGAUGACAAUCUAUAUGCAGAUUAUGAUUAUGAUAAGGAAACAAAUUACAAAGACUUGCCAGAGAAAGAAAACGUGAAAAGCAAAGAGAAUCAAGAGCAUACGCCUGAUGAUAAGAUACCACUUCACACGGCCAAAGACAACCUCCCAAUUUUUCUUUUAGAGCCGGAAAAUACUUAUGUAGUGAAAAAUAAACCGGCCACUUUAAAAUGCAGAGCGGCUAAUGCUUUAGAAGUGUACUUCAAAUGCAAUGGCGAAAAGACACAUGCGCUAAACUUCGCAUUCGUAGACCCCCAAACAGGGGUGAGGAUAAUCGAGGGAGAGUACAACGUGACCAGGGAACAUGUUGAGGAGUACUUCGGGAGCGAGAAGUACCAGUGCUCGUGUUUCGCCUGGACUAGCCGAGGGCAUAUCAGGAGCCAGCCGGCUACUGUGGAGCUUGCUUAUAUCAAGAAGCAUUUCACCUCAGCCCCUCAAUCCCAGUUGGUCAAACAGAGCGCCCCUGCGUCGUUCCGAUGCGAACCGCCGCCCGCGGCGCCGUUCGCGCAGCUCUACUGGCUGAAAAACGGAGCCCCCAUCACUGUUGGUGACAACGUGCAAGUUACUAAGGACGGGGAGCUGAUCAUCAAACAAGUUUCGCUGCUGGAUAUGGCAAACUAUACUUGCGUAGCUGAAAAUUUAGCUGGAAAGCGAAUAUCUGAACCAGCACUGUUAACAGUUUUCGUAAACGGGGGUUGGUCACCCUGGUCAUCGUGGGCAGAAUGCUGGUGCAACGGCCAAACGCGCGAGGGUCGGACGGGACGAAAACGAGUCCGGUCCUGCACAGCACCCAGGCCUUUGAACGGAGGUCAACCAUGCUUGGGUUUUAAUGUGCAAAAGACACCGGACUGCUUGGAGUGCGAUUUAGAUAUGUAUGUUGAUGGUUUAGAUGAGUUAGCAGAUCAGUCGUCUGAUGUAUUAAUAGGUCGCUGGUCCCAAUGGUCAGAAUGGUCGCGUUGUGACACCGACUGUCUUCAGACCAGACGACGCCGUUGUUUGACCAGUGCGGCCUGCCUUGGGAAAGACUACCAGAUGGCUCAAUGCCCUAUGUGUGUGAGGACCUCCAAAACUGAUAAGGGAAACGAUGUAUCAUCGUAUUGGGCGCUUCUGGUAGCAUUGUCAAUUGCUUUUUUGAUUUUAAUUGUUGUUGUCUUAUUGGGAAUAAAGUACGUGAAGAUAAAGAUAUCUGAAAACUCGCCUUAUGUGAAACCUCCACCAGGUACAAACUACUUUGGUAGCGUAAUAAAAAGGACCUUGACCAACCAGCCGGACCUAACAAUACACGAGGAAUUCCAGACAAUGGACUCCAGAAGAACACACAGACCUAUGAGCACCUCCGUCAAUUCGAGGCCAGAUCACUUGUAUGAAGUACCGCAGUUAGCCAAUAGUUACAUGUCUCCCAUAGACCAUGAGGUAAGACCGGACAUCGGACGCGCCGAAGUGGAGUCAGACCGUUCUGAUUCCAGCUGCUUUUUGAGCUCGGGCUCUUCAUAUGGCAACGAAAGUGUAGAAAUAUCACCAUCGCUAAAGAACAACGGUUCGCUAGACUCUAGAAUGAAUACCUCCCAUUUCGAAACGACCACCUCGAAGAUAGUCACUGGUGAUGGCGAUUGGCUACUAAUGGACAAGUGUGGAGUCAGUCUCUUCGUGCCUGACGGUGUGGUGGAAAAAGGAGAGGAGCUGUUCACGGUCGAGGUGACGGACGAGGAAUGGAAUAGGCCUUUGCUUCAAGAAGGGGAAACUCAGCUGAGCCCAGUCAUUCGUUGCGGUCCGAAAAACUUUCACUUCCGCAAAGGGGUGAUUCUUUCCUUCCCUCACAAUGCAUCACUUAAAAACGCCAGCUGGGUCGUUUCCAUACUACAGAAACCAGAAGAAAUCAACACACGAGAAUGGAGAAAAGUUCUAACGCUGGGUCAAGAAACUCCCGGAAGCCCCAUCUUCGCUCAAGUCGAUCCUAAUAAAGUUUACCUCGUGUGUGAAUUUCUAAGCGACUUUGUUUUAGUUGGCCGUAGUUUCACCAGCCUGGACGCAAAACUGCUGAAACUAGCCUUGUUUGUUUCGAAAAAAAUAGACGAGAGUUACUACAGUUUAAAAGUUCAUGUGAUAAAUGAUACCCCUUAUGCCUUGCAUGACUGUGUUGAAAAUGAAAAGCGAAUGGGUAGUUCUUUGCUAACUGAGCCAAAAACCAUUUAUUUUCAAGAAAGUUGUUCAGAUUUAUGUAUCAAUCUUAGAGAUUUAGGUGUGGGCUGGAAGGUAAUUUCGGGAGGCAAAUAUCAGGAGUUAUCCUACGCGCAUGUUUGGAAUCUUGGAGUUAGAUCUUUACAGUGUAAUUUUAUCUUACAACAAACAGACGCUAUCAGUUGUUUCGAGUUAAACUUAUCCGCUUACCAAAAACAAAAGCAAUCGAAUUCGGUUAACUUCACUUUGAAAACAAACGAUUUCAACUCAAAUUUGACUUGUAACAAGCGGUUUAGCUCUUCCAGUGUCGAUUACAACAUGCAUAUUGUAGAGAACCCAUUUAAUUAUUCUUCUUUAUCUAAGAAAGAAGGCAGAUACGAUUUCGUGUACAGAGGUAACCAAUAUAGAAGUAAUUUAAGCGUGGACAAUAACUACCGUAUGAACAUUCUUACUAAGUCGGACAGAAUUAUUUUGUGUAAAUUACUAGACUCUCAAAUACCAAAAGGCAACGAUUGGAGACUUUUGGCAGAAAAAUUAAGAAUAGUUUCAUACUACUAUUACUUUUCAAACACAUGUUCUCCGACAGAGAACAUUCUGAACCUGUGGAUGUGUAGGAACAAUGACGCUCACAUGUUGGUGAAUCUGUCGAAGGUGUUUAGAGAAAUGGGCCGGAUUGACUGUGCCACUGUUGUUGAAAGACGAUGUUUCCCCAAUUAAUAAUUAAAACUUCGACACAAUAAGAUAGUUGUAGACUUAGAAAUAGAUCAGAAGACACCCUAGGCUACUUUUAUACGAAAAAAGUUGGAAUGCUUAAGCAAAGAAAAUAUAUCUUACUAUAUAAGAUGAUAUUGACUAAAUAUUAGUUGAUGUUAUUUUUUAUUAUAAAUCGCUA